CCUCAACACCGUCGUAUCCGAUGCAUUGCCCACAUCAUCAACCUCUCCCUCCAAGCCUUUCCUCCUUGCGACUUCCAAAGAAGCCCUUCGCACUGCUCUCAACGCUGCCGCAGAAGUAUCCGGCGAAGAGCUUCUUAACCGAUUUUCCACCACACUCGCUUCAGAAAACGUCAACAGAGCUACAAAUGGAAUAAGCAGACCUCGUGCGAGAAGGCGAGGGAGUCAAGCAAGUACAGCUUCUAUCAAUUUACCGACAAUCAAUGAUGGCGAUACAAGCGGAAUAGAGUCGAAUCCUACCCUUCAAAAAGUUCACUGGUUAGCCGUUUGGCUUCAAAGUUCAACGCUACAUGCCGAUGCCUGGAGAGAUUCGGUGGACGUAUUGCUUGGUAUUGAUAAUGCUACCCGAUGGUCAUCAUGGUAUCAAGUUAUCACAAAUAUCUUGAAGUGUAAGGCGCAGGUGAUAGAGUUUAUCAUGAGGAAUGAAGAAGAAAUGGGCGAUAAUAGACUCACGGUCAGCGAUUGGGAUCUUCUAACGAAGGCUCAUUAUUUCUCCAGCCUUUUGCUGCUGGUACGUUGUACGCAGAAGGCAAGAAGUCGUCUAUUGCGCAAUCCCUCGCACUCAUGGAUGCUCUUAAGCAAUAUCCAGAAAGUUGAGUGUAUGGGCAAUUGGAUAAGAGAAGGGCAUAUCCGGCCAGUGAGUCAGUAUGGAAUGGGUUUGCCUAUAGAACCACAAGGUUUGAUUCUGAUUUUACAGACGAAGCGGUAGAACAGUUCAUAGAGCAAGUAUAUAAAGCAAUUUUGAUCUUCAGAGUUAAUCAAGUUGAAGUGGAUUGAGCGAUGUUGAUGACACAUGUAAUCGGCC